AGUGGAGGGCGCUGCUCAGGGGUUGUCCUCGGGACCGUGUGUUUCCUUAACCGCCCCAUCAGCUCCCAGCUCACCAUCAACACCGCCAUCGUGUACAUGCACCGCUUCUAUAUGGUGCAGUCCUUCACCCAGUUCCACAGGAACUCGGUGGUACCAGCAGCUCUAUUCUUGGCAGCCAAGGUGGAGGAGCAGCCUCGUAAGCUGGAGCACGUAAUCAAGGUAGCACAUGCCUGUCUGCAUCCCCAGGAAACGCCUCUAGACACCAAGAGCGAGGCUUACCUGCAACAAGCCCAAGACCUGGUCAUUCUAGAGAGCAUAAUACUGCAAACCCUGGGUUUUGAGAUCACUAUUGACCACCCUCAUACCCACGUGGUGAAGUGCACACAGCUAGUGCGAGCCAGCAAGGACUUGGCGCAAACUUCCUAUUUCAUGGCUACCAACAGCCUGCACCUGACCACCUUCAGCCUGCAGUACACCCCUCCCGUUGUGGCCUGCGUCUGUAUCCACCUGGCUUGUAAGUGGUCCAACUGGGAGAUCCCAGUCUCCACGGACGGGAAGCACUGGUGGGAAUACGUUGAUGGCACUGUAACUCUGGAGCUCUUAGAUGAACUGACUCAUGAAUUUCUGCAGAUCCUUGAGAAAACUCCCAACCGGCUUAAACGUAUCCGGAACUGGCGGGCCACUCAAGCAGCCACGAAGUCAAAGGCUGACGACCACGGUGAAGACGAGAGCCUGUCAGAGCAGACGAUCCUCAACAUGAUUUCCCGGAACAAUAGUUCGGACAUGAACAUCGCUGGGUUAAUGAGCAUGUCAACAUCCUCGACCGCUGGAGCAGGGCCUUCUCUGCCGGCCACGGCGGACUCACCCAGCGACCAGAGCAGUGCGGAUAUGUCCCAGCCUGGGCACUGGCUGUCCCAGCAUCCUCCACCCAAGCUGGAGACUGGCCAGAGUCACAGGACUAACGAAAGCUCGUCGGCUGCUGAGCAUCCCUUGAAGCAAGAUGGCGCUGGUUAUCAGAAGCAGAGCGGCAAGAACGCCCCGUCGGCCAAAGUGUCGCUCAAGGAGUACCGGGCCAAGCAUGCCGAGGAGCUGGCGGCGCAGAAGCGGCAGCUGGAGAACAUGGAGGCCAACGUGCGGUCUCAGUACGCUUACGCCGCGCAGAAUCUCCUGGUCCAGCAGCAGCGGGAGAGGGAAGUCCAGCAGGACAGCAACCCCUCUCCAAUCAUCCUGAAAAUCCCCAUCGGCGGCCCGGAGAACCCCGAGCGCCCUCCCGGCCCUGAAAAGAUUGACAAAGCCUCGGCUCUGAAGCUGAGGAUUCCGCGGCCGGAAACCUCAAACCACGCCAGCCAGCCUAGCGCCGUGCCCCACAAAAGCUACGGUCCCCUCGCCUCUUCCCGCAAGAGGCCCCUGCCAGAGGAGGCCGCAGCCACAGCCAUGGCCACGGCCGCAGCUCACGAGCACCAGCCCAAAGUCAGCAAAGCCUCCAAGGGCCCCGGCAUGCCGUUCCCUUACCCCCACCUCCCCGGGGCGGCCCACCUCCCGGGGCACAGCUCGGAUGCGGGCAACCUCCCUUUACCCCAGGCCAACAAAGCCCGGGGCACCCACAGCAAAUCGGACAAGGGUCCCACGGGGGCCAACGGGCACAAUGCCAGCCAGGCCAGUGACUACCAGGAUACGGUCAAUAUGCUGCACUCGCUGUUGAGCGCGCAGGGCAUGCAGCCCACCCAGCCCCCUGCCUUCGACUUCCACUCGUAUGGCGAGCUCUUGAACCCCCGGGCUUCCACCAGCUCCAGAGCUGCCGCCAACACGGACAAGCCCCGACCACCCCCCCUGCCCUCAGAACCGCCCCCCCCGCUGCCCCCGCUCCCCAAGUAAAGCCCCUUUUUACUACUGAGUUUGUAACAGAGCCCCAGCCCAAACCUGGGCUGCCCCUGCGGGGGGCCUGAAAGGGCUUGUUCGAUCUCUACUGCCUCACGAAGAACUAUUUUAUUAUAUAACUUUUAUUAUUGAUAUUUAGAGCGCGGAGUUGUUGAAGCUGUGAAAGGCUAAGAAACCCUUUCUCUGUUCCCUGCUCCCUCCCCCAUCGACUUCCAGUUAGUGGUGGGCUCUGUCCCUGCUGGAACUAAAGCCCCCUCUGGGGAACACGCAUUGGGGGGGGCCUGGGGGGUAUUUAAAAUAUGUCACAGAAAAUUUAAGAUGUUUUACAAAUAAUUUAAGCAGUAACUUAUAUCUUAGUGUUUUGUUCCUUUUAAUUCUGUGGUGCUGCGGGGGACCCCGGGCGGCGUUCAGGGUGGCUCAGCAGGUGGCUCCGCUUGAGCUGUUGGUGACAGAAAGGGGGUUCAGGAGGUUUUGGGGGAUGGAGGGGAGGCGGUGGUGUGAGGGAAGGGCAGGGACUGGAGACCGCUCAGGUGGGGGGGUGUGAGGGAAUCCCAGCUGCAGCGUCCGUGGGGGGACGGGAGCUGCUCUACCUGCUGGGGGUCUGGUUUCCUCACUCCAAAAGCUGCUCUGGUUUUGGGAUCCUGUCUCUGUCCCUUGCUCCGCUCCUGCGGGUCCCACCGCUUCCGCUGGAAACCCUGGCUGUGGUGGGGCUUCAGGGGCAGCGCCUGUGCCCGGGGCUGCUGGGGGCUCGCGGUGGCGUGUCAGGGUGUUGGAG